AUGACUGAAGCCCCAGUUUCUGAGGCACAAUCCCCAGCUCUUGAGACAGAGUUUCCAGCUCUCAAUACAGAAUCCACAGCUCUUGAGGCAGAAUCCCUAGCCAGUGAGCCAGAAUCCCCAGCUCUUGAGCCAGAAUCCCUAGGCAGUGAGCCAGAAUCCCCAGCUCUUGAGGCAGAAUUUCCAGUUCUUCAAGCAGAAUCCCCAGCUCUUGAAACAGAAUCCCUAGCUCUUGAAACAGAAUUCCCUGCUCUUGAGGCAGACUCCCCAGUUCUAGAGGCAGACUCCCCAGUUCUAGAGGCAGACUCCCCAGUUCUAGAGGUAGAAUCUGCACCCCAUGAGGCAGAAUUCCCAGUCAAUGAAGUAGAAUCCCCAGCUUUUGAUCCAGAAUCCAUUGCUCUUGAAACAGAAGCCACAACUUUUAAGAUAGAAUCCAUAGCUUUUGAGGCAGAAUCUCCAGUUUUUGAGACAGAAUCCUCCCCAGCUCUUGAGACAGAAUCCUCCCCAGCUCUUGAGACAGAAUCCUCCCCAGCUCUUGAGACAGAAUCCUCCCCAGCUCUUGAGACAGAAUCCCCAGCUCUUGAGACAGAAUCAUCCCCAGCUCUUGAGACAGAAUCCCCAGCUCUUGAGACAGAAUCCCCAGCUCUUGAGACAGAAUCAUCCCCAGCUCUUGAGGUAGAAUCAUCCCCAGCUCUUGAGACAGAAUCCCAAACAUUUGAGACAGAAUCACCAGCUCCUGAGCAAGAACCCCUAACUCCUGAGCCAGAAUCUCCAGCUCUUGAGCCAGAAUCACCAGCUCUUGAGCCAGAAUCCCCAGCUCUUGAGCCAGAAUCCCCAGCUCUUGAGCCAGAAUCACCAGCUCUUGAGCCAGAAUCACCAGCUCUUGAGCCAGAAUCCCCAGCUCUUGAGCCAGAAUCACCAGCUCUUGAUGCAGAAUACCCAGCUCUUGAUGCAGAAUACACAGCUUUUGAGGCAGAAUACCAAGCUCCUGAGGCAGAAAUCCCAGCUCUUGAGGCAGAAUACCCAGCUCAUGAGGCAGAUUUCUCAGUUCUUGAGGCAGAAUCACCAUUUCCUGAGCCAGAAUCAUCAGCCCUUGAGGUAGAAUCCCCAGCUCUUGAGGUAGAAUCUCUAGCUCUUGAAGUAGAAUCCCCAGCUCUUGAGGCAGAAUCCCUAGCCCUUGAGACAGAUUUCUCAGUUAUUGAGGCAGAAUCCUCAGCUCUUGAGGCAGAACUCACAACACAUGAGCUAGAAUCUCCAGCCCUAGAACCAGAAUCCUUUGUUCUUGAGGCUGAAUCCCCAGCUCUUGAGACAGAAGCCCAAAAUCUUGAGCCAGAAUCCUUUGUUUUUGAAGAAGAAUCCCCAGCUCUUGAGACAGAAUCCUCAGCUAUUGAGGCAGAAACCACAACUUUUGAGCCAGAAUCCAUUGUUUUUGCAGAAUCCCCAGCUCCUCAGACAGAAUCUCCAGCUUUUGAGGCAGAAUCCUUUUCUCUUGAGCCAGAAUUCCCAGCUUCUGAGACAGAAUCCCCAGCUCCUGAGACAGAAUCCCCAGCUCUUGAGGCAGAAUCCCUAACCCUCAUGACAGAAACGCCAGCUCUCGAGACAGAAUUCCCAGCUCUCGAUACAGAAUCCGCAGCACUUGAGGCAGUAUCCCCAGCUCUUGAGGCAGAAUCCCUAACCCUUAUGACAGAAACCCCAGCUCUCGAGACAGAAUUCCCAGCUCUCGAUACAGAAUCCGCAGCACUUGAGGCAGAAUUCCCAGCUCUUGAGACAGAAUCUCUAGUUCUUGAGGAAGAAUCCCCAGCUCUUGAGCCAGAAUCCCCAGUUCUUGAGCCAGAAUCCCAAGUUCUUGAGCCAGAAUCCCCAGCUCCUGAGGCAGAAUCCCCAGUUCUUGAGCCAGAAUCCCCAGCUCUUGAGCCAGAAUCCCCAGCUCUUGAGGCAGAAUCCCCAGUUCUUGAGCCAGAAUCCCCAGUUCUUGAGCCAGAAUCCCCAGUUCUUGAGCCAGAAUCCCCAGUUCUUGAGCCAGAAUCCCCAGUUCUUGAGGCAGAAUCCCCAGCUCUUGAGGCAGAAUCCCCAGUUCUUGAGCCAGAAUCCCCAGUUCUUGAGCCAGAAUCCCCAGCUCUUGAGGCAAAAUCCCCAGCUCUUGAGGCAGAUUCCCCAGUUCUUGAGCCAGAAUCCCCAGUUCUUGAGCCAGAAUCCCCAGCUUUUGAGGCAGAAUCCCCAGCUUUUGAGGUAGAGUCCCCAGCUUUUGAGGUAGAGUCCCCAGCUUUUGAGGUAGAGUCCCCAGCUUUUGAGGUAGAGUCCCCAGCUUUUGUGGCAGAAUCCCCAGCCUUUGAGGCAGAAUCUCCAGUUCUCGAGACAGAAUCCCCAGCUCUUGAGGCAGAAUCUCCAGCUCUUGAGGCUGAAUCCCCUGCUCUUGAGGCAGAAUCUCCAGCUUUUGAGGUUGAAUCCCUAGCUUUUGAAAUAGAGGCCUCAGGUGCGGUUGACUCAAUGACUAUGUCCAUGUUUGGUUCCCUCAAUGGUAUGAAUGGCAAGAGUUCAGGGACACCAUCUCCUACCAAACCCGAAGUGCCCCUUCCAUCUGAACCUGCAAAGGAUGGAAAAGUUGAAUCAAAGUCAGCUGGUGUCCGUAAUGUUCCGGGCACCAACUUGAGGUGCCUAGAUGACCCUUCCUUUAUGUUUGAUCAGCCUUCUGCUCCAAUCACAAAUUCACCUAAAUCUGGGGCAUAUAAAGUUCUAGAAGCACCUUUAGAACCUGCACAACCUAAGAGUGGAGGCUACCGUGUGUUAGAAGCCCCAGGAGCACCCUCCGAUAUCAAGGAUCUUCCGGACCAGUCUCCCACCAAGCCAGAAGCCCCAGUGAAGCCUUCACCCUACAGGGUCCUCGAGGCACCCAUUGAUCCUCCAUCAAAGCCCAAAGGCUCUCCAUAUCGUGUCCUUGAGGCCCCUGAUUCCCCAUAUUACCCACAGACUCAGAGUGCUACGGACACCUACCUCCAGUCUCUGCUGUUGUCUAAGAAGUGCAAGUCCAAGGCGGCAAUGGCAGAGGUCAAGCUGAGGUCAAGGAGCAAGCCAUGA